AUGCUGCAUGACUGCGAAGGCAAAACGUACUGGGUUGCCCACGACAUCCUCUAUGGCGGCAGAGCUGGUCCUGAAGGCAAAUAUGAAGAUGAUCUGGAGGCUACUUCACCUGAAGCACACUACGAUCGCAGCGCCGAGACUGGCCUUUACGUCUCAUUUCGAGAUGGAACGCUCGAUGUGACACUCCACGUCACCGAAGGCUCAUGUGGUAACAUCGGCAACUUCAAGAAGCGCAGUAGACGUCUGGACGUCUGCAUUUCCGGCUAUGUCGGAGGUGCCUUGUACUCCUACAGCUUGAGCAAGGAAAAUGCACGCUUCGAACUGACUAAACACCCCCUAGGGGGCCCAGACUAUUACUGUUGCACCUGGCUAUUCCAAAAAGACGGUGCCGAAGCAAGAUGUCUGGAACUAGUUGAUGGAUGCUUUUUCAUCAAGGUCACAGGAUACAGCCUGAACUCGGAAGUAAGCUACCCUCUUCAAGAGCUUCCUAAAGUCUCUCAUCCUCAACAAUCGCUCGUGUCCAUGGCGACUCUCCUGACUUCAUCGGAUGCCGACUUUGUUCUUUUUGCGCCCACGGUCCCGGCGGAAGAAAAGCGAACGCUACGAGUACACCGCCGCCUCCUGUGCGAAGCCAGCACCUAUUUUGACACUCUUUUCGAAUCGGACUUCGCAGAGGCUUCGAACUUGCGACGAGUGCAACCUCAUGCUGACAAAGAGCAAGCAUUGAAACGACAAGAGGAGGAUAGGGUGGAAAUAAGUGGCACUAUGGGGUCCAACACGAUCCCAACAAUUAACGUCGACGACAUCAGCUACAAGCAGCUGCAGACACUUGUCUACUAUCUUUACACCGGCGUUGCGGUGUUCGAAAAACGCCGCAACUUGUUGGUGUCGUCCGGCAAGGGCGAGUCCUCCACUGACGCCUCGAAACCAUGGUGGAACGGUCAUUUGCGCCCUGCGAACGCCUUUGAUAUGUAUCGCCUAGCUGACAAGUACGGUAUCGAGGGUUUACGAAUCGCUGCGCUCCAGUAUAUCACAAGCGAGAUCUCGAUUGAAGAUCUCAUCAAGGACGCCGAAAUGUGUGAGGAGAUCAGCUUGUUCCCCGAGAUCGCUCAGGUUUACAAGGAAUUCUGCGAGUGUGAGUGGUUCUAUAUCAAAAUCCGCCCCGAUCACAAGGAGAUCUUUAAAGCUUUCGGGGUGAAUCCGUCAGACAAGCCUCAACUUGCAAGACGGUAUUGA